AUGAGUGUCAGAGAAAGCUAUAUUGGCUGCUAUUUGAUUGGCAUUCUAGGAGUGUUCUGCACUUAUAGUUCGGCUGCUUAUCACUACAAUAUGAACGAUUUGAUUGAUAGUCUGCAAAAAGUUUACAAUCCAAAGGAGAUAAGUCACUUGAAGUAUCAUUUUUAUGCAAUCAUUACAGGACUUUUCAUGUCAAUGCUUACAAUUGUAAUACAGGAUAUUGGAAUUGAUUGCUUUGAUUAUUGUGGAAUAAUGAGUGGCUCCAUAAUAGAGUUCCUCUCAGUUUCAAUUCUCUUAUUUGUAUGGCCUUAGUGCUUAUAUUCAGCAGGGAAGUAUCUCAUCAAAUUAUGCGGAAGACAUAAAGUGCCCACAGGACAGCUUAACAUGACUGAGUCAGAUUUCUUUGAUGUAUUUUUUCCAACUCUCUUGGUUAUGAAUCCACUUUUGAACACUAUAGCUAGACUUAUCUGUGACCCAUCUUUAAGAUAAUAAUUCCGAUGCUGCAAAACUGAGAGAUAAGAAAAAGACAGAACGACAGAUAGCACUACUUAACGGCCAACAGCAUCACGCAACUCAUAGCAAAUAUAUGACAAAUUAACUUAAGUUGAGACGUUGAAUAAAUCAUUGACCUUCUUGCAUCUAAGUAAUUUAUCAUACCCUAAGCUUUAAUUGUGUAGAGAUCUAUUCAGUCAAGAAAUCUUUAAUAAAAAGGUAUCAAAAGUGUAUACGCUUCAUUAACUAAAUUAAAAGUAUAAUCAAGAUGAUUCCUAUUCUUUUCCAUAUGAAUUAGAGAGAAAUUUUCAGCAAAACUUGACUUUCAAAAUUACUGAGUAUUCAUCAGUAAUAAUGCAAAAUUUGAGACUCAGACUUAAUAUGAGUCAAGAUUUCUUUAGAGAAAGUCUUUCGCCUUACAAUAACACUAGGACUCUUGUAAAAAGCUUUGAGAAAACUAAUGCUAAGGGAGGAAAGCCAUUGAUUAAAACACACGACAAAAGGUUCUUAAUCAAAGAAAUCAAGAAAGAAGAAAAAGAUUUUUUAAUGUAGAUGUUGCCAAAAUAUAACGAGCAUAUAAGAAAACUACCUUAUAGUGUACUAGCAAAGAUAGUUGGAAUUUAUUCUAUAAAAAUAGCUGAAAAGACAAAAGUAUAUCAUAUUCUUAUGGAAUCUGUAGACCCUUUUAGCGAUCUAUUCAUUCGAUUUAAGUAUGAUCUAAAGUUUUCAACAGUCAAUCGAAGAGAAUUUAAGACUAGACAGGAGGCAAAUAUUGUCAAAGAGGAGUUACUUGAAAUUAAUCCUGCGUUCAAUGAGUUAUUCCCAAAAACUAAAGACUUAGCUUCUCUGAUUGAUCUAAGUGUAAAUAAUAGAAACAAGCAGCCAAGAUCAAUAAGUUCUCAAGAGAAUAGAUCUCGAGAGAAUUCGAAGUAUAAAAAUAUAGUGGGGUCUUAAACAAAGACUUUAUCAACUGAGUCAGGUAUUGAUAAGAAGUUUGGAUUAACAAGUCAUUCUACCACAGCACACAAGACAUCUUUGAAAACCAAUACUAACAGCGACUCUAAAGAUUAAGAAUCUGAGGAUGACGACUCAGAUGAUAAUUAAUUGGCUGAUGAUGAGGAUAUUGAUGAUGAACUUGAAAAUGAUGAAAAGUUUCAACAGUUAGAUUAUGAGGAAUAAUUGAUAUACAGAUAGUAGAAGCAACUUUAUAGAGAACAGAGAAAAUGGAAUGCUGAUUAGAAAAUAGAUAUUAAGAACAAUCCACAAAUGAGAAAUUAUUUAUUGAGUAAAUUAGGUCUUCUCAAGGACUCAGAUUUCAAAGUACUGCAUGAUAGAAAACUCCCUGUGACUAUAGAAGAUCUUGGAACUGUAGAAGAUUUCCUUCGAACCAUUGAACUUGAUAUAAGAUUUCUAGAAGGGUAGAGAAUAAUGGAUUAUUCUCUUUUUUUAGUUGUAAUGGAAGUUCCUUAAGUAAGAGAAAGACGAGAUACUGAUUCGAUUCAAAUGUAUUGUGGUGAUUAAUAUGGGCAAUAGUUAAUUAAUUAAAACAGGGAUACAUAAACCUAAGCUAGACCGUCAUAUUAUCUUGGAGAGGAAGGAACUGAAACAUAAAAUAACUUUGCUGAUUAAGAAUUUCUAGGAAUAUUAGAUGACUUAGUUAAACAAGGUAAAUUCAUAAUUUUCAGUCCAUCUAAGAAAUUCGUUUAUCAUAUGGGCAUUAUUGAUUACCUUGGAAAAUGGAAUUUUAGCAAGAAAUUCGAAAUGUAUGGUAAGACAUUCCUAGCACAUUUCGUUAGACGAAAUACUGACUUCUCUGUAAAACCACCAAGAUAGUUUGCUAAACGCUUUCUUAAAAAGAUUAAAAGGGUAUUCAAAGUUUAAGGAGUCGUCAAUGAGAGUCUCAUUCCUAAAGUGCCCUCAUUUAAUGAUUUGAAGAGUACAUUGAAUACAAAAAGAUCAUUUGAAUUAAGCUCUUUGACUUAGUAAUAAAUAAUAGUAGAGGAACACAAGUCAGAGGACGAAUAAUCACUUAAGAAAUCAACUGUAGAUAGAAAAAAUUGA